UGUCCUGCUCAGAUUAUAGUUAUUAUAUAAAUAUCUCUCUUUUUUAAAACUCCAAAUAUCAUGGCUGCUGUAUUAUUGAGAAGAGGACCAGGAUUAUGUGUGAGAUGUAUUCACAGGGAGUUGUGCAGAGUCGUGUGGAGGCCACAAGCGGCUCUGUUCAGCUCCAAACCAUCAGACAGAAAACCACCACGCAAGACACACAUCAGUAAGAAAACACAAAAAGCAAAACCUCAGCCAGCGUUGGAUGUCAACAAACUCCUGGAGCAACUCUUCUCUCAGAAGAGGCCAGACACAGCGCCUCCUGCUGGUAAAGCUCGACCUGCCCAAGCCUCUUCCAUGUCUACCAAACCUCGUGCCUCCUCCUCUUCCUCCUCCGUGAAGGUCCCCACCUCAAGUGUUCCUCCUGCUGCUUCUAGUCUUCCCAAGGAGAAUAUAGCACCAGUUUCCACAGAAUCAGAAUCAGCUUCUCCAACAAAACCAAAGACUUCUUUUUCCUCUGAAACACCUCAGCAGUCUUCUCAGGUCUUUACUGCUGAUGCUGUUUCUAAUGUGACUGUUGCUACAACCACGAACUCCAGCACAACUCCUGCACCAGUAGCUCCACCAAAAUGUCAAACUUCAGCUGAAACAGUAGAAAGCAAAGCAGCUGCAGAGCCAGCACUGUCCUCCUCAUCAACCUACAUGAUAAAGACAAACGUGGAAACAUCAUCUUCUGCAGCUGUUGCAAUCGAACCGUUAAUAGAAACUGCAAUAGAAUCACCAGUAGAGGCUAGUCCUGGUCCUGGUCCAAUAAACCCUACAGUAGAUGCUGCAGCUGAAGAGGUACAGACCAAAAGCAUUGACUCUGGAGCUGUUGACGCCUCACAAACCACCACAGUAAAACCCUUAAUAGAAACUGCAAUAGAGUCCCCAGUAGAGGCCAGUCCUCCUCCUGUAGAAGCACUAGAAACUAGCACUGCUGUUGUUGAUGGUCCAGUAGAGCCUAUAGUAGAUGCUGCAGCUGAAGAAGUACACACAAAAAGCAUUGACUCAGGGGUUGUUGCCACAGUAGAACCUUUAAUAGAAACUACAAUCGAGCCAUCAGUAGAGGCCAGCAUCUCUGCUCUAGAAACAGCUGAAGCUCAAGUAGAAGCUCUGGCUGAAGAAGUACGAACCAAUAGCACAGACAUAGGAGAGAUUAACCUUUUACACACUGCCAACGAAGAACCCUUAAUAGAAACUGCAGUAGAAGCAUCAGUAGAGUCCAACACAUCUGCUCUGGGUAUGCUAGAGAGUAGAGCUGCUGUCCCUGAAAGUACAAUAAAGCCAACAAUAGAUGCCGAAGCAGAUACAGCAGCUCAAACACUACAACCCAGCAGCACAGACUCAGCUCCUGUUAAGCUAUCUACCAAAGAAGAACCCUUAAUAGAAACUACAGUAGAAGCAUCAAUAGAAACCAGCAGAUCUCCUCUAGAGAGUAGAGCUGCUGUUGCUGAGACGGUAGAAACUGCAGUAGAUGCUUCAGGUAAAGAAGUACGAACCAGCAACAGCACAGACUCACGAGCAAUUGACUUCACACAGACCUCAAAAGUAGAACCCAUAAUAGAAAUUACAGUAGAAUCACAAGUAGACACCAAUCCUCCUCCCGUAGAAGCACUAGAAACUAGAGCUGCUGCUGUAGUUGGCGGUACAGUAGAGCCUAUAGUAGAUGCUGCAGCUGAAGAGGUACACACCAAAAGCAUUGACUCUAGAGGGAUUGACUUCACACAGACCGCAAAAGUAGAACCCUUAAUAGAAACUACAAUAGAGCCAUCAGUAGAAACAAGCACCACUGAUUUGGAAAUAGCAGAGAGUAGAGCUGCUGUUGCUGGACGAAGAGUAGAAAUAACAGUAGAUGCUCCAGGUAACGAAGUUCGAACCAACAGCACAGACUCAGGAGUGAUCGACUUCACACAGACAGCAAAAGUAGAACCAUUAAUAGAAACUACAAUAGAGAGUACAGCUGCUGUUGCUGAAGGUCCAGUAGAGCCUAAAGUAGAAACUGGAGUAGAAGAAAGCCUUUCACAUGCUGCCUUAAUCCAAACUGUGCAAGAAUCAGCAGCCUUGCCUUUGAUAAAUGAAGUCAAAUCUACAGUCGAAUCAUCCUCAGGAAAUGUUGUUGUUGAGGUCGCUGAAGAAAUGAAUUUAGAGGCCGUAACUUUAAAUUUAGCGAAGGUUUUAGUAAAGUCUUUAAAAACCGACGAACUCCUGCUAGCGAAAUCAGAUCUCGACGAGAAAGCAGAGAAACGACUCCAGGAGCUGCUGGUCCAGACGGGGGUCGGAGCCGAACUCAAAGCCGCCGCUGAAACCGAAAACUCGACCGAAACUUUAACCGAAGUUCUCUCAAAAUGGGAAACUCUGUCCGAAGAUCUUCACGAGUUAGAAGGUGAAACUGGUAUGUUGGUGAAAGAGAUUCUCUGUCAUGUUCCCGCCGUGCUCUCCGAAACUUCUACCAGCGUAGAGAAAUCGAGCAAAGAAGACGAAGCUAUGACGCUGGAAUCGAUAACGUUAGCAGACGUCCAAACUGAAGUCCGAAGCCUUGAGUGUGAAGCUCUGCAAGAAACGAGGGACGCACUCCAGAACAAAGCUGACGGACUCGCUAAAGAGGAGAAAAUGGAGGGUAAGAUGGAAAAAGAGGAUGUUGCUGAUCUCGAAGGCACAAUAGAGGCUGAAAUGUUAGCGCUAGAUUCCAUCUCCGAGGCCGUAGACGCGUUAGAAGCCGAGGCGUCUGUCUUCCUGGAGUCUAUGUUCGGUUCUGAGCAAGGACUGACGCAGCCACUUGACGCUUUACUCAUCGAGAGGAAAGAAGGUGAAGCGAUCGUUCAGGAGGCAGAAAAAGAGUCCAAAGAGCAGGAUGGAAGCGUUUUGGAGGCCAUGAGUCUGGAGUCUGUGACGUUGGCUGAAAUCGAGGCGUCUUUCGGAACAGGAAGCUGA